UAGGCACUCUUCUGAAGAAAAUCCAACCGUAUAAAACUUGCACCCCAUUAUACGUUCACUUGCAUUUGUCUCGUCUUCCUUCCUAAAAUCCCAAAAAACCCAUCAGAUUUGCGGAGCUUCAAGAUCUCGCUCUGCUGCUCCAUUUCUCAGAACGCGCUCUCCAGGUUGUCCAUGUCUGGCACUCCAAUAAAGAUCUGACUCAAACAUUGAAGAAUGGACGUUUCUCGUCGAUUUACGAUUUGGGUGUUUACCAUUUUGUUGAUUUUUGAAUCCGGAUAUGGGUUUUACCUUCCGGGUAGUUACCCUCACAAGUACCUUGUUGGGGACAACUUAGGGGUGAAAGUGAAUUCUCUGACUUCCAUUGAUACCGAGCUACCCUAUAGCUAUUACAGUCUCCCCUUUUGUCAGCCCCCAGAUGGUGUUAAGGACAGUGCCGAGAAUCUCGGUGAGUUCCUCAUGGGGGACCGCAUUGAGAGCUCUCCAUAUCGGUUUAAGAUGCAUACCAAUGAGACUGAGAUCUUCUUGUGUCAGACGGAUCCGUUGUCGGCGGAUCAGUUCAGUCUCUUGAAGAAGAGGAUUGAUGAGAUGUAUCAGGUCAAUCUGAUUCUUGAUAAUUUGCCUGCAAUCCGAUAUACCAAGAAGGAGGGAUUUUUGUUGCGGUGGACUGGGUAUCCUGUGGGAAUUAAGGUUAAGGAUGUGUACUACGUGUUUAACCAUUUGAAGUUUAAGGUGCUUGUUCAUAAGUAUGAAGAGCCCAAUGUAGCACGUGUGAUGGGUACUGGCGAGGGGGCGGAGGUGAUCCCAACAAUUGCUAAAUCAGAUUCAGAUGAGCCCGGUUAUAUCAUUGUUGGGUUUGAGGUGAUACCUUGCAGUUUCAUGCACAAUGUGGAUUCUGUGAAGAAGUUGAAAAUGUAUGAAAAGUACCCUGCUAAGAUCCUGUGUGAUCCCACCACUGUGGCAAUGCCGAUUAAUGAAAAGCAGUCGGUUGUAUUCACUUAUGAGGUUGAAUUUGAGGAGAGUGACAUCAAGUGGCCCUCACGGUGGGAUGCUUAUCUGAAGAUGGAGGGAGCCAAAGUACAUUGGUUCUCUAUUCUCAAUUCUCUGAUGGUGAUUACUUUCCUUGCUGGUAUUGUCCUUGUGAUCUUUUUGAGAACUGUUCGGCGGGAUCUAACUCGUUAUGAAGAGCUUGACAAAGAGGCUCAAGCACAGAUGAAUGAGGAGUUGUCUGGCUGGAAGCUUGUUGUAGGGGAUGUUUUCCGUGCUCCAAGCAACCCUGCCCUGUUGUGUAUAAUGGUUGGUGAUGGGGUUCAGAUCCUUGGGAUGGCAUUGGUGACCAUACUCUUUGCUGCUCUAGGGUUCAUGUCACCUGCUUCUCGUGGGACACUUAUCACAGGGAUGCUGUUUUUCUUUAUGAUCCUUGGUGUUGCAGCUGGUUAUGUUGCUGUUCGUCUUUGGAGGACAAUUGGUUGUGGAGAUCAAAAGGGAUGGGUCUCGGUCUCAUGGAAGGUUGCUUGUUUCUUCCCCGGAAUUGCCUUUAUGAUUCUGACUACUUUGAAUUUCCUAUUGUGGGGUAGUCACAGCACAGGAGCCAUUCCAUUUUCUAUCUUUGUGAUUCUCCUUUUGCUGUGGUUCUGCAUUUCCGUUCCCCUUACUCUUGUUGGUGGAUAUUUUGGGGCCAAGGCGCCUCACAUCGAGUACCCAGUUCGAACCAAUCAAAUUCCCAGGGAAAUCCCUGCACAGAAAUACCCAUCCUGGCUGUUGGUUCUUGGGGCUGGCACUCUCCCCUUUGGCACCCUAUUCAUCGAGCUCUUCUUUAUCAUGUCCAGCAUUUGGAUGGGCCGUGUCUAUUAUGUGUUUGGGUUUCUCUUGAUCGUAUUGAUCCUUCUGGUUGUGGUUUGUGCUGAGGUAUCUCUGGUUCUAACCUACAUGCAUCUUUGUGUGGAGGACUGGAAAUGGUGGUGGAAGUCAUUCUGUGCUUCUGGUUCGGUUGCCAUAUACAUAUUCCUGUACUCCAUAAACUACCUUGUGUUUGAUCUCAAGAGCCUGAGUGGACCUGUCUCUGCAACUCUUUACUUGGGGUAUUCGCUAUUCAUGGUUGUGGCAAUCAUGCUUGCCACAGGCACAGUCGGGUUCCUCUCUUCAUUCUGGUUUGUGCACUACCUGUUCUCUUCGGUGAAGCUGGACUGAAGAACGUUUAGCAACUCAAAGAUUCGCACUUGAAGAAGAGUUAGCAGCGAUCAUUUAGGGAAGAAAGAGUGCAAACUUUUACAGAUGUUCUAUUAUAUGUUACUUUUCAUUUUAUCAUGUUAGGGAACUUAGUUCGUUGUAAUGACAAUAAUUCGUCCAGUUUUACUAAAUUCUUUAAUAGAUGAACAUCACAGCAUCGAUUGUAGCUUCAUACCGACGUUAUUUGCAUUCUGGCGAAUAGGAGAGGAUAGAGUGAGAGAAAGAGGGAUACAUUCUAGUUUAUGGUAAAGUUGGCAAGUGUGAUAUUAUCAUCCAGUACUUGAUUUGAUUUGUAUGGUUUUAGACUUGUUUAUUUUCACAGUUUGGAGCCAAUCUGGUUUCGUUUU